UAACACGCACUUCUCCACGAAUCAGAAAGUGGAUUAACGAGUUUACUCCUUAGUCCCGACUUCAUUUUGCUUACAGAGUUGUUAGGAAGUGGACGAACCGAAUUGGCCGGUCGAGAAAUUUAACAAAAUAAUAAUAAUAAUACGGGAAGAAAAAAUGUCGACGUAAAACUUACAGUUGAAUUGCCGAUCAAUCGUAAAUCGUCAUGGAUAGAUAUCAUUGGGGAACAUUUCCUGGCCGUCCCAUGGAUCACGAAACCAGAACACCCAUGGCUUGGCAUUAUAGAGAUAGAACGCAUCCACACUGGGAUUACAGACCCUCUUCUCCAUCUUUAAGUUCGACUUCAACAGAUUUUCAGGACAAAGCACCUAUAAUGCAAGAUCGUCGAUACAGAAAUACAACACUGAGAUCAACGAGAAGUGUUCCGGCCUUAAAUUUGAUGUCCGAAUCGUGCCCCGUACACUCUCAACUUCCACAUCCACCCGGUGAUAAUCUUCGGAGGUAUGGUUCCAUGUAUGACAUCAGAGCACCACCUUAUUAUCCCGAUGAAAAUGACAUGGCACAAAAUCUAGAAAAGAAAUCUUUCCACGGAUCUAUGCCUUCGAUACCACGUUUUCCACAUCAUCAUCCUCCUCAUCUACCUCCUCACUUUGUCCCUCCCGUGCCACGUCCAUACAAUCCUUACUUGUAUCAUCCAAUGGGAGCGGAUCCAUUUUCGUACAGAAUGUUUCCUCCUGUACUAAAUUCCAAGGAUCCGAAUGAUUAUAAAAUUUUUAUGCCGGGAUUUAUUCCGAAGAAUAUGUCUGAUCCUUACAGUAUGGAUCAAGUAUGUUGCAAAGGACAUCUUAUAGUAUUAUGGGUUAUAUUGGGUGUUGUUACCAUAGGAGUGAUAUUAGGUAUUGUAUUGGGAGUGAUGUUGACAUGAUAUCUGUAGAAUUCAUUUUGAUAUUUGUAAAACUUUCAUUAAAUUUCUUUUUAUUUUUGA